AUGCCGUCAAAAACAGACACGUUUUGUGACCGGCAACGCCAAACACGAGUGGGAUUGUCCGACCGAGAUAUCCCAACAAACGAUCGCCUUUUCCACGCCCUUCACAAUUGGAUCAUACGCAGAAAUAUUCUCAACCGCGUGAGCUCGGCCGACCAGGCUUCCCUGGCCCUCACGUGUCGGAAUUUAAAAGGAAGCUUAACUGGCGAGGCUGAUGUGCCUACACUACGCUCGACUUUAGCACGACCUGAUUUUUUAGACGUGUUAUCGUCCAUCGCCCGCGACCUACCGGACCACUAUGUGUGUGAGCAAUGCGUACACCUGCAUCGUACAGAGGACAACGAGGGCCAUGCCCGUGAUACAGCACUCGUCGAUCAGGCAUCUAAAAACGAUGCGCUCACCGAGCCCAGUCUUGAACCACCAUGCCACCGUUCGACUCCCCUUUCUCCGCUGGAUGAGCCUCGUUACGACGAGAACCUCCACACUUUCACCGGGGCCUUGUCUUCGGCACGGCGCACGCCCCUUGCUGGACUCGCCCACCGCGAUGUGCAGGUACUCUUGAAGCGCGUCCGUAUGCUUGCAGAGGACGAGACAGAAAAGGACAGACGCGACCAAAUCAGACUCGAGGAAGCUCGCAAGUUCACAGCGGAAACGGUACGGAAAGGCAACAUGUCGAGAGCCACAGGAGGAGCACUUGCACGCAUUUGGUACCGGAUGCCCUGGAACCGCUCCACCAUCGACCAUCAGGUUUCGAUACGUACCAAAGCAUCUUUUAAGGAGCCUUCCCAAGAACAGAAAACCUUUACAGAACAGCCUACAGAACACGCCAGAGCAUCACCAGACGAACAGAUUAAACCAUUCCUGACCACAAAGGCCCGUGACGCGCUGAAGACGAAGGUACGAGCCGCGCUUAAACCGUAUUCAGCCCAACGACGGCUGGUCUCGGCGAACACAGGGAAAGAAGAGGAACCUACAACUAUCCAGUACCGAUUUGUGCCGCGGGUGAUUCUCCAAAGUGGCAGCGACGACGCGGGGCAUCAUCCACACCAGCCACGCUUUCUAUUUCUACUCAAAACGACUGUGAGCCUGAGCUACUUGGAUUUCUACAACGUUCCGUUGUCCAUUUGUCCUCACCAGCUCGUCACACACGAUAAUUGGUCUGUGUGGUACAGAGCAUCGACACGAGACCUGCUGCAUCUGAACCGCCUGGGACACCUUGACAGACAAACGUACGUCGUCGACGCAAUCCACCCGACACACGAGGGCCUGCCGCUUCUCCAAGCACCGUUCCGCUUCGUCGGCGCAGUGAGGUGCGUCUAUGCAGUGAACAAACAUCCCAACGUAUACGAACGCCUGCGACACGGACCACUGCCAGAGAAAAAUAUGGCCGAUACCCUCUACUACACCCCGGCCGACCUCCAUGUUUACCGGCUGCGUGAGGAGAGGAGGAUGAGGCUGGCAGCGAGCCAGGCGCCUCCCCCAACCCAAACAGGAGAGGCCACCCAGCCGAUCGACCGUCUGGUGGCGGAAGGCAGCUGCGCCCGCUGCCCGACGGACUUUUCGGUGCGCGCCAGCGACGCGGGCCUCGAAAUCACCGUGUGGCAGGACUUUGGGCCCGAGGCGCCGGUGACGGACAUGUGGUGGCAGAGCCACAUCCCAGGCCCAGUGCUGCCGACCGAGGCCGCGCGCCGCGAGGCACAGCCGAUGGCGCCCAACACGUGGCAGUUGGGGCCCACGGUCGAGCACGACCCCGGUUCUGUGCGUGUGAUGUUCAAGACGGGCGACGCAGUGGACGGGUUGUGA